AUUCAUGGCUUUUUCUUUUUCUCUCAAGCAUGUCUUCUUUUCCAUUGUUUUACUCACAUUAGCUCACUCAUGUUGCAAAGUACAUGGCCAAGGCCAAGGCCUUGAUGCAGUUCAAAUUGUCGCUACAUCGGCACUUUGUUUCGAUAAUCGAACAAUUAUUCAAAAUUGCUUAGCAACAUUAGGAUUCAAUGCGACGACAAAUAGCUCGAGCAAUUUGACGACGACGAAUGGAUUCUGCGACGGACCAUGUUACGGCCAAACGAUGUUGGUGAUCAGUUGUAUCGACGGCAUUUUGUCGAACUUUCAGUUCUAUAAUGCUCAAAUGAUGCAGGGAGUGAGGUCUAUUUUUCAAGCUGCUUGUGGAAAGAACAAUUCAGCUAAUGCAACAGAUGGUUCAGGGAAUGUGGAGGCAGUGGCAAACUAUGGGAGUGAAGUUGGUCAAUUGUCAACAUGGAUUAUGGGGAUUUUAGUAUCUGUUGUUUGGUUGGUGUGAGUAUUUUGAGUUAGUGAUUUAAUUAAUUAAUGUAUGUUUUUAAUUAUAUUAAUUAAAGAUAAGAGAAAUAUUUAU